CGUGAGGGCGGUGUUACAAGUCUCCCUGGAGAAAGCACCAGCGAAGGCGUCACCCCACUCAUGUACGCCUGCCAGCAGGGGCGUGAUCACACCGUCAGGCAGAUCCUGCACAGGAAGCCAGGGAGUGUCCGGGAGAGAGACCGAACUGGAAAGACGGCCCUCCACUACUGCGCCGAGAACCAGACGCUCUCUUGCAUUGACCAGGUGGUCGAGGCAGACCCGGCCCUUCUGCAGGCGAGAGACGAAGAUGGGUACACGCCCCUCCACCUGGCUACCAUAGCGGGUAACAAGUCGGUUCUCCCUUGUCAAGUACCUUCUGACCAAGGGCGCGAUGUCCAGGCGCUGGACAAUGAAAAACACACCGUUAUUCACUGGGCUACAGUCUGUGGCGAGGUAGAACUAUUGGACAUCCUAGUUGAAGCUGGCGCCAAUCCUAGCACGCCCGACAUCCAUGGAGCUUAUCCUCUGCAUUAUGCCGCUCAGAUGUGUGGGCCAAACAGCGAAAUGGGCAACGACGUCCGGGUGGGUCUCUUGGUACUCAGGAAACUCCUUCAGCACGGCGUCGACGUCGCCGUCACCGACCACGAUGGGCGGCAGCCUCUCCUGUGGGCGGCCAGUGCCGAGGUGCGGCCGUCUCACGUGUACUGUCCUUCAGGAAGCGCCGAUGCCAUCCUCGCCCUCGUUAACGCUGGGGCCUCCGUCAGCGCCGAGGACAAGGACGGACUGACAGCCUUACACUGCGCGGCCUCGCGGGGUCACCUGGAUUGCCUGGACUGUCUCCUGUCCCUGUGCGGCGCUGAGGUGGAUACCCUGGACUCCAACGGCUGCACGCCCCUCUUCUACUCAGUGACCUUAGGCCACGCCGACUGUACCCAGCUCCUGCUCAACCACUCUGCCCAUCCGGACAGGCAGGAUAGGAAAGGGAGGACGCCCGCCCACUGUGGGGCAGCGAAAGGACAGCUGGAAACUUUGAAGCUUCUACACCAAAAGGGCGCCGAUCUGUGGAAAAGAAACGUCAAAGGAGACCUGCCUCUUCAUGAGGCCUGUCAGUCUGGGCGGAAGGAUCUGGUCAUGUGGCUUCUUUCCAUGCGACCAGACACAGUGAACGCGCCCAACUUAGAUGGACGGUGUCCUCUUCACAUCGCUGCUAUCAACAACAACAUCGAGAUGUGUAAAAUACUUAUGGACCAGCAGGCUGCUGUCAACCCCAUCAUGCGAAAUUCGCGGGGUCAGCUGCUCACGCCGCUGGAUGCCGCUGUGGCGCGCAGCAAUCGAGGCUGCGCGAAGUACCUGCAAUUGCACGGCGGCGUCACGGCUUCGAAACUGACGGACAAGCACGCCCUGCAGAAGGCAAUGCAGAGAGCUCUGGAGACAAGUCAGCACGGCAGCACAGGAGCGACGCCGACCGACUACGCCGAGAACGAUCUGAUGAGUUCCUCGGCGUCGUCCGCCCUCAAGUCGAACAGGUCGACUAUGACGGCGUCGCCCAUCAAUUCGGAGGCGCAGACGGACACGGGGGACCUCCACCAGAACUCCAAAGACGGAGGCGACGACAAGAAAUCCGACAAACCCGAGCAGAAGGAUGCCCAGACGGGCACAUCCGAGGUCAGCAUCAGGAAGCUUGUCCUUGAGGAGGAGGCGGAACUGGCACAAAAGGAAGAGGAGGAGGAGGGGGAGCAAGAGACAAAGGAGGACCAGGAAGACGUGAAAAAGGAAGACGCUGAAAUGCAAAACGGAGAUGAUACGACAAACACGGAGGCUUCCGUGGACGCGGAUUCUCAAAGUGCGUCAGGUCAAGAGAAUGGGGAAAAUGUUGCAGCAGAGACAGUGGACGCGGAAAAUGCGGAAAAGAAAGAAGCUGCAGGUGACGAGAGUGGUGAAGUGGUGUCAAAAGAUGAUGCGGAAGUUGGUGGGGAAGCUGAGGGAGAAGGGGACGAAGGUAAAGAAAUGGGGGCAAAGGAAGACGGAGAGGUAGCGGAAGAAGAAAUAACGAAAACAGUUCGAGAUACUACAAAGACGUCCCACUAUGCUGAAAUUCCCGAACAGCUUAAAGAAGGAGAGGAACAAGAGAAAAAUGAAGGUGACAAUGGUGAUGUUCCCGAGGGAGGAGAUGUAAAUCUUGAUGCAGAGAAUCCGGGAGAAGGAGGAAAGAAGAAGAAAUUGAGAAAAUCAAAGAAAAGCAAACAGGCAUCCAAGAAAGGGGGAGAUAACACCCAGACAGAAGUGGAUGAUGGAGAAGUGGAUGAUGGAGAAGUGGAUGAUGAAGGAGCAGAAGCCAAAGAAAGUAGAGAGCAGAGUGAAAUUAGCCAGGAGGACGAGGCAGAAGAUGGUGAAGGUGCUUCGUCUGUCAGCAAAUCGAAAAGGAAGAAAGGUUCCAAAGCAGUUAGUCGAAAGAACUCCAACGGUGAGGAUGGGGGGGAAGAUGAAGUUAACGGGGACUCGGGUAAUCUACCAAAAGAGGAGACAGGAAAACCACGCAAGCGCAAAGGAAAGAAGUCAAAAAUGCUUAAAAAAGCAAACACCGUAGUGGUUGGGGAUGGAGGCGAAGGUGAAGAAAUGGAAAUCAGUCAAAACGGAGAGGCAAUAUUAAGACCAGAUGAUGAAAAUGGAGAGGCUGAAUUUGAAGGCGAUGAUGGCACUGCAGAUGAGGAUGAGGACGAUGAUGGUGAUGGUGAUGGUAAUGGUGAUGAUGAUGAUGAGGAGGAGGAGGAGGAGGAGGAAAACAUGGAAUAUUCAGAAGAGGAGAGGAGUGGAGAUGAAGAAAUGGAACAGACUGAUGAUGAAUAUGUAGUAAAUGGAGAACAUGGUAAGCAGUCUUCUGAUGGAGCAGGCCCAAAGGCCCGCCCGAAGUCGGCUGCGCAGCCUGGAAUGGGAAAGAGUCAGGGCAAACAAAACCAGAAGGGCGGCAGCAACAAAAAGUCAUCCUCGACCGGCGGCAGCAAGGGCAAACCAAAGACCAAAGGCAAAGGACAGAAGACCAAAAGCAAAUCCAAGGCAAGCAGUGAUGACAAUAAUUCUCCUGGAACCCGUCGCGUGAGCAUUUCAGACAGGCCCUCAGAAGAUUAUGACCCGAACACGACAGAGAGUGAUGUCCCUGGGAAGCCUCCUUUGCCAGUAGGGGAUGAACGCACCCACGAACUGAUGCUGGAGUCCAGUGGACGAGACUUCCUGAUGGUGAACGAUGCAGCCCCAGCUAGGCUCUCUUCGCCCAGCUCGACUCAUGGCAGGGACACCGGCGACUCGGGCUUCAAGGAGUCCGGAUUUAGUGACUAUCUUGGACCAGAACAAGACUCAGACGUCGAUGGCCCUACUGACCCGGAGCGUCACACGGACGACGAAAAUGUCCAGCAUCCGACCAAGAGAAAAACAAAAACCCGAAGGCUUAGGAAUAAGCAGCGUGAGGAAAGAUUAGUUGGGGCCAAGGGUGAGGAUGGUGAGGAAAGACCCGGCAGGAGGAAAGCUGGAGGCGGCCGUGGAGAAGAUGGGGACGAUGACAAGCCAUCCAGAAGAAAGCGGGACUCGAGAAAUCGACACACCCCUAAUUCUCGUGCAUCCGACGAAGCUGACGAAGGAGGUGGGGACUCGGAGGACAUGGGAGACAUAGAUGAGGAAGACGAAGAUGCCCUUCGAAAACUGGGUAUUUCUACACACAGACGAGCAGGCGUCAGGAAAGGCCAGACGAGAUCAGGAGCCAUGAGCGGUGGGCCGAGGAAGGUGGAGACAAUGGAAUCCAGUUUAAGAAGAAAAGCCAAGAAACCAACGAAUGCUUCCACGGAGAUGUCUAUCACACAGGCAAUGCAGACUACCAUGCGAAAAUAUGCGCUGGAAAGACGACUUUUCCAACAGCUUUUGGAUUUGAAAAGACUUCAGAUACGUAACACAAGAGCCAACGAACAUGUAUUGAUAAAAAGAAUGGUCGACACGAAUAUGAAGGAUGGGAACUCAUUGGGGUUAAGGGGCUAUUCUGGUCCCUUUAAUUUUCAAAGUUAUGAAAAAUAUCUUUAUGACCAACUGAGGUUCCUGCAGAGUUCCCAGGGCACCAAGAUCCCAACCUUCCGCCCAUCAGAUGAUGUGGAGAAGCUUAGUCGUGCCAUAAGAAGAGCAGAAAUUCUUGAACUACCUGAUCCUUUGAUGACUCCUAGAGAUCCUUAUGAGUGCAAUCACACAACUCACAGAUGUCAUCAUGCUGCUCAUGCGUACACAGGGAUUCCUUGUGCUGCUUACCUUGGACAUCGCAACGCACGCAAGAAAAACUUUUCUUUACCGAGAAUAGCAGGCACUACCAACACAAAUGGGGGAGGUACAUCUCUUGGUGGUUCGCCGGGACCACCUGGUGGUAGUAGUGCCCCAAGUAGGCUAUCUGAACCCAUAGGUCUAAGGAAUUAUGAUCCCAAAAAACCUCUCACCGUGGAGCUUCAGCAUGGGCAGGCGAGACAGCAGAUCACCUUACCCACUGAGAUCCUGGACAAAAGCAAGAAGUAUCAUCUAACCUUCACCAUAAAGCCUUCCAGCCCCACUAAAGGGUCACAAUCUCCUGAAGAAGGGAACCAGGUUGUUGAGCGCUCGGCAUCAGCCCCUGAAACAAUAGAUGCUGACACACUGCCAAUUGAACCCCGGCCCGAACCUCAUUCUGCACCACCUGAAGGCAGGACUGAACCUACUUGAAAUUGAAAGUUCUACCAGAGCCUCAAGUUUAUACUCUGUUGUGUGUAUUUAUUCAGCAGAUUUAUCUCGCGUAUCUCUAGUUAACAGAGAGAGACGUUGAGAGUAACUGUCAAUAUCUGUCACAUAAUCAGCUAAACCAAGACAUUUGGAGUUUUACAUAAAUACAAUUCUCUUUUGUAUACUUGUACAGGACAUGAAAACCUUCAUAUUUUAUGUGUUAACUAUGAUCAAAGAUGGUAGUGUAAAAUUAUUUAAAGCCACUAAUUUACUAAAGAGAAAAUAUUUUUAAAAAUACAAUUUCAAAGUGUAUAUAGCUGUCAGAUACUAUGUUCAUUUCGACUUGUUUCAGUGAUAUAGUUGUUUCUUAUAUUCUUUACCUAUUGCUCUUAUGUCUCGGAAUAUGGCUUGCCUGCAUACCAGAGUCCAGCAGAUGUUAUAAGCUCUAUAAAAAUUUAUAGUGCGGUACUUUGUUUAAAGUGACGAGAAAUAGCGAGAUCAAAAAGGACAAACUUUGAAGAUAAAGGAUGUCGUUGGUUCUGCAGUUCAGAUAUAAGAAUGAACAGGAAUGGUGCUAUGAUGAAAUGCCUUGGAACCAUGUAAAAUGUUCUUAUUUUCUUAUAUAAUGUUCAAAAGAAAAAUAGGAUGAUUUAAAAAUACCACAGUGAUAUAGUAAUCCAAUUCAGUACUUUCCUUGGUGUUAUUGAAUUAGCAAAUUUUAUACCCUUUGAAAUAUUACAGAUACAGUAUAAUCUGUAUGUUGUGAAAUAGCUGUUCUGAAUCUUAUAAUUCUUUAGUCAUACUUGAAAAUUCUCACUUCAAUUUUGAAGUACCGCCCUUUCAUCAAAAAUAAAGAUUGAAAUUUAUCAUUGUAUGGUCUCUAUUUGGUUAUACGUAUUUGUAUCGUGUGUCCACCAGGAGCUAUCUUGCAAUGGCCUUGGGGUCAUCAUAAAAAGUUGUGAUUCAAGUUCCUUUUUAAUUGUCUUGUGUGGGUUCAUACAAAACUACUCAAACAACAUUAUUGUUAAGGUAUAUACUAUCAUCAUUUCUCUAAUUACCUUGAUUGAGAAAAUAUGCUACAAAUGAAAAUAUUUUUUAUGAAACUUGAAAUUGUAGUGAGAUGCUUAGAAUACAGAUGAUAUAUAUAGUUGGUCUCCUCCAAGGUAUUAGAGCUAUUGAUGGUAUUAUAAACUUUUUUGGCUUAAGCAACACUAGACUGCAAUGUCAGUGAUGGCAUAAAUGUUUCUAAAAAAUAUUGAAUAUAGUUAUAUAUAUCUACAGAA